UGUUGUUCCAGUGAUACAGUAAUUCCCACACUAUUAUUCCAGAAUGUGCUGGAAAUUAUUAACAAGUGUGUGAGUAAAAAAAUUAGGAAGCAAAAAGCUACAGAGGGAUUAAAAGAGAGAGAAAGAGCCUCUUGAGGGGACACAAGAGCGAAUAAUAUUGACAAAUACGAAGACAAACAGAGAGAACUGAUACCAACAGAUGGGAAACAACAGUAAUCGGUGGUCAGCAGGGCACAAGUAAUUGUGAUGAAGACAAUUAAAAGGAAGCGAAGAAACUAAUAGAUUAAGCAAGAGCUUGAAUAACAACUAUUAGAGCGACCAUUAGUGUGAACUGAGACCAGGAGCUGAACCAUAAGAGUGGGACCAGAGUGGGACCAUAAGAGAGGAACCAUAAGAUUGGGACGAUAAGAGUGGGACCAUAAGAGUGGGACCAUAAGAGUGGGACCAUAAUAGUGGGACCAUAAGAGUGGGACCAUAAGAGUGGGACCAUAAGAGUGGGAUCAUAAGAGUGGGAUCAUAAGAGUUGGGACUAUAACAGUGACCAAAGGAGCAAGCAACCACCAGGGUGAACACAAUUCAGCAGACUGACCACAGAAGUGAGCACAAAUCAGCAGAUAACACCCACAAUAGCAAACAGAAAGGAAGACAAGACCCACAGGAUGGACGCAGCUGGACUUUUAAUGUUGGAAAACCCAAUCAAGAUAAAUUCUGAUGGAGAGGAAAUGGACCAAGCCAUUGAUGAGUCGAUAGAAGAAUGUGAGGAAGACUUGGACGUUAUACACAGUGCACUGGACCUGGAACCUGGAGAUGAAGAUGACGAAGAGGAAGAAGACCUGACAGAGAGGGAGAGAGGAGAGAAAAUAAUUGACAUUCUCAUCCCACCAUUUGAAUGGCAAGACGAACAAGACUGUAGAUGGAUCCAGAGAAUAGAAGAAUGUGAGGAAGACUUGGACGUUAUACACAGUGCACUGGACCUGGAACCUGGAGAUGAAGUAUCAUCAGAAUCCCGCCAUAAAUAUUACCUUGCUCACAUUCCAGCAGCACUUACAGUAGCAGAAACCACUUGCCUCCACUAA